GUAGUUAACCUAAACAAUAACUCCACUCACUCAAUUUGUUGUUUUUCGUAGCAAACACAAAUUCCUCGCGGAUCGAUCCAUGAAACCAGCUUGUUUGUUUACUUGAACAAUAACAAAGCCCGACAAAUGUUACUAAUUUAUUGUUUUACUCUCCCAAAUUAUUAUAUUAGUCCUUUUUAAUAAUAACCAAAUUAAAAUAAAAUAAAUACAACUCACUAGUCCCUAUAUAUAAAGUCAUAAACACCCACACAACUUCACAUCUAUCUAUAUAUAUAGAUUGAUAGAUCGUUCUGAAACUCAUCGAUCGGAGAAGAAGAAGAAGAAGAAGGAGAAAUGGCCGCGGCAGCAGCAGAAGGAUUGAUCAGAUGUGUAUUUGAAGGGUGCAUAUCAACAUCAGACACAGAUAUUGAAAGAAGGCCAUAUCAUAAGAACUGUAAUUGUGCAUUACACAGAUCAUCAUCAAAAAGUUCAUCAGCAGCAGCAACAGCUAAUUGUAACUCUAAGAAGAAAUUAUCAUAUCCGAUCCGAAGGUCUUGGAGCGAAGGUUGUUUAGCAUUAGCAGCAGGAGCUUCUUCUUCUAAUAAUAAUAAUAAUAAUAAUAAUAAUAAUUCAAACUCUUCAUCUUCCUGUACAUCACCUGUUGCUACUGCGGUACCUACUGGUUUAAGUUUCGGUGGUGGAAAUGGAAAACCACCCAGAUCAUUAUUCAAGGUUGAGUCUUUGGGUUGUAUGUAUAAUUACUAGAUCGAUCGAUGUAGUUACUUUAUAAUAUCAAUUUAAUUUCAUUUAAUUUAAUUUCCUUAUUUUGAUUUCA